AACCCCAUUUCUUCCUUCCUCAUUCUCUCACUUACCCUCCGUUGAAGAAGGGAUCUCUGUACUUGUUGAAACCAAACCCUAGCCAAAACAACACAGAUUGUGAGACUCGGGCGAGCCACGCGAAGAAGGUGAAUCUGUUAUUUGCAUUCGGCGAUGGCGGAGCAUUUGGCAUCGAUUUUCGGAACGGAAAAGGACAGGGUGAACUGCCCCUUCUACUUCAAGAUCGGAGCUUGCAGGCAUGGUGACCGCUGCUCCAGACUCCACACCAAGCCCACCAUUAGCCCUACUCUUCUUCUCUCCAAUAUGUACCAGAGGCCUGAUAUGAUCACCCCUGUCGUUGACCCCAACCAAGGACAAGCACUUGACCCCGACAAGGUUCAGGAUCACUUCGAGGAUUUCUAUGAAGAUCUAUUUGAGGAGUUGAGCAAGUAUGGUGAAAUUCAGAGCUUGAAUAUUUGCGAUAAUUUGGCCGAUCACAUGGUUGGCAACGUAUAUGUUCAGUUUAAAGAGGAGGACCAUGCUGCUAAUGCACUGAUGAAUCUGUCUGGUAGAUUUUAUUCAGGGCGACCCAUCAUUGUUGACUUCUCUCCUGUGACGGAUUUUCGAGAAGCUACUUGUAGGCAGUAUGAGGAAAAUGUUUGCAAUCGCGGUGGCUAUUGCAAUUUCAUGCACCUGAAGAAGAUUAGCAGGGAGUUGAGAAGGCGAUUAUUUGGGAGAAACAGGCGAUGGCAAGGUCGUGGGGGAAGUAGAAGCAGGAGCCCUCCCAAGCAUCGUAACCAUGAUGACCGUAUGCAUUCUGGACGCGGUUCUGGUAGAAGAGAUUACGACAGACAUCAUGGCCACCAUGGCAGGAGCAGGUUGCCUAGGAGCCGUAGUCCUCGGAGAAGAACAAAUCGAAGUAGAAGUCCUGUGGGAAGAGAGAGGAGUCCUGUUAGAGAAAGUAGUGCGGAAAGGAGAGCUAAAAUAGAGCAAUGGAACAGGGAGAAGGAACUGGAAGAAUCUGGCAACAAGGAUAACAGAAAUGGUAAUGAUAAUGAACAGGGUGUUGCGCAGAAUGGAGGCGAAUUUGAUGAUCAUCGAGUAUAGUGGCAGCACCGUCACUGAGGCCAGAGAGAUUAUGACCCUGUAGUCAGUGUGGAGAGGAAUCUGGUCUUGUACUGUUUGCACGUCCAGUAAGCUUAGUUUUUCAUGAGUGUCCUAAUUUGAAUUGUUCAGAUUUUUAGUUAUAAUAGUUUGUAAUAUCUAUAUUUUUGCAAGUCGUGUUCGCACCUAGAAGGAAUAGAUAAAGUUCAUUUUCCGUA